GUGUCUGGGGCUCCGUCCAAAACGACAAAACACCAGGCACCUACCGGUUCUUGAGGGCCCCUUUGCACAAAAGCACCCCCAGUAUACAACUUAGCCUGGAUAAGAGACCAUACUCCAACCAGGUAUAGGCGAUCAAGCGUCGGCUUGCUGACUCGGGUUGCAUUGUAUAAUCGUGUACACCGUCCCGGCGUUAUACUUGUGCCUAGGUAACUUGAACCAGUCCAGCGACCGCCCCGCAUCUUACGGAUUUUAGGAGGCACUGGCAGGUAAGAUGAGGUAUGUAUGUAUUCCAGACAUCUACAACUUGUCAGCGCAUCAUCCUGUUACAUCCUCAGCAACACAGGAAAGUCUUCCUGACCAUUGUUGUACCCCUUGACACAUAUAGAUAUGGCAUAUACUCACCAGAACUCGCCCUCCAAUGCGGUUGAUCCCACCACCCUCCCUGCCAUUAAUCUUCCUCUUGGUAUCACAUCUCGCUUUGUGGACACCAGUCCCCACAGUCUUGUUUUCCACAUCCUCGAGUCUUUACCGGCGAACAUCAACCCAUCAGGCCCUCAACCUGAAUUGAUUCUUCUAUGCCACGGCUUUCCAGAGAUUGCCUACUCAUGGCGCAAGGUUCUUCCUCUUCUUUCAGCACAAGGCUAUCAUGCCGUGGCCUUUGACCAACGAGGAUAUGGACGCACAUUUUCUCGUCAACCCCUGGACGCCCAAUCAUUUCGCCCGUUAAACCUGAUCAAAGACGCCGUGACUCUGGUUCGGGCGCUGGGCUACACAACAGUAUCGUGUGUCGUGGGACACGAUUUCGGCGCCGUGACCGCCUACCUUUGCGCCCUGUCGAGACCAGACAUGUUCCAGCGGCUUGUCUUGAUGUCCCAUCCCGCAAAGGGCCCGCCCGAGCUCCCACUGCGCACGUCUCCGUCAUACGGGAAUCCGUCCCCACCGCCACCGCCGGCCCCAGACAUGCAAAGGGCCCUUGCGGAACUACCCCGGCCACGGAAGCAUUACAAGUGGUACUACUGCACAUCUGAUGCCAAUGCCGACAUGACGUACCCGACAGGUGCAGACUUGCAUAGAUUCAUGCGCGGCUAUUUCCACUUGAAAUCGGCAGAUUGGGAUGCAAACGACCCCCAUCCGCUGCAGCGCUGGUCGGCCGACGAACUGGCAAAGAUGCCCCGAUACUAUAUCAUGGAUCUGGCGGACACGAUGCGCCAGGCCGUGGCACGGGACAUGGAAGUCGAGGACCAGGAGACGGUCUCCUCGCGUUCGUCACGCUGGCUGUCCGACCAGGAACUGGCAGUCUACGUGGAGGAGUAUAGUCGUACUACGUUCCAAGGUGGCCUCAACUGGUACAGGGUCCAGACGCAGCCAGCAAUCGCAGCGGAUCUGGAGGUCUGGUCAGGCGCACUGAUCUCGGUUCCUACCUUGUUCGUUGCUGGGAAGCGUGACUGGGGCACCUUUCAGGAACCCGGCGCCAUAGAGGCCAUGGAGAGCGGUAAGAGUGUGCGGCGGGACAUGUACAAGGGCACUGUCUUGGUAGACGGUGCCGGCCAUUGGGUCAACCAGGAGCAGCCGGAGAGGUGUGUUCAGGAAAUCCUCAAGAUAGUCGGCGAAGGAAUAUGAUGAAUUAUCUGCACAAGGCCAUAGUCCGUUACUACGGAGUGUCUUUUGUGAGCACCACGGGCGGCCCGACCCGGUAUGCUUACGCAAGGCUAUCUACGAAUGUAUGCAUCCGCAGGUACAACCAGGCAUUGGAUACCGCUUCAGGAGGAAGACAAGGUCACGCCCAAUACAAGUGCAGUUGUAUCACAAUCACGAGUGGAUAUCAUUUGCAAAGCUCGAUAAGCUAUGUGCACGCCAUAACGGUUGGUUCCCACCGCUCCUUGCACGCCACUGUACAACAAUCCGGUACGCCUCGCUGAACCGAUCUGUGGGACGACGCUGCUUGCUACCGCCCCAAAUGCUGCUUCAGAACAAACCACAAUGCCUCAUGCACCUGGGCCGGUGAGUAACGCCUUGAAACGCCUGCCACGUCGAACAUCAUCGCUCAGGCAUUGGGGCCCGUCAUCUCAGAAUCCACCUGAUCUUCCCGAGCCUUGCCCUUGGUAUGUUCGGAAUCGUCCCGGUCUGUAUCAUCAUAGAACUCCUCGUCUUCCGUUGAAUUGUUCAACUCCCGAUCCGAUUCACUUCCGUUGGCAGCAUCAUCAUCGAAGUCAUCAAAAUCAAUGUCAUCGCCCUCGCUAUCAUUCCAGAAGUCGUCGUCGAUCUUCUCGAUAACCGGUUUCGUGGAUUCGUGCGUAGGCAGGACGAAGCCCGCCGGGAUAUCUUUCUUGGACGCUUCCACAUCUUGUCUGACUCGAGCCUUGUACGCUUCCUUGUUGUCUCUGAGCAUCACGCUGGCGUCGACAUUGGCGGGCGAAGAGAUCUCGGCAUCGUCCAAAAGAGAAAGGAUGGAGAUGAGAACAGAUUCGACACGUUGUGCGGGGGACCAGCGCUCGCCGGGAUUCUCGCCAGACAUGGUGUCUUCGCCCGGUGGAUGAAGGAUUGAAAUACACAAGCGACCGUCGGGAUAGAUGUUGGGAUGCCACAACGACUUGUUGAACUUGAAGUCUGCCCAAGUUAGCACCAGUCAACAACUGGCAGUUGCCGAUCUACUCACCAGGAGGCUUGUAUGGAUAGUCCUGGGGAAAGUUCAUCUGAGCCUUGAAAUAGCCACCAUAGUACAGCGAGUCCGGAUUAAGGACCAUCAAGGCCAAGUUCCAGUGGUAGAUGUUCUCUUCAUCGACCUGGCUUUCAUCAGUGUCUGCGCCUCCGCGAUGGUAAUGAUGACUUACGUCGAUCUGAACCCAUUUCUCCUUGGCCAGAGCCUUGUACUCCUUCAUGAGAACUGCCUGAGACAUCCUGGCCUAUUCCACUUUGCAGGAAAUCAGGAAACGGAUCUAAGGCUAAGGGGGUGUCGACGACAGUGGAUGCUCUCGGUGCGCGGGAGAGAAAGGAUGUUGUGUAUGGCUGUCGCUGGGAUCAGGCCCUGCGCGGCAAACCAAAAGCCCUGCGUGGUAUUGUCUUCACUAAGCCUCCUUUCCGCGAAGUUGUUCAACUGCUUAGAUAGCACUGCUAUUGAC